UGACUACAACGUCGCGACGCUGUCGACGUCUCUUUAUUUGACGUCGAAUCGUCGCAGCGGUUGGCUGUGUUAAAAUAUACAUACUAGACAAGUAGACUGCGCUGCCUGCUGCAUUCUUGGAACAAAUUUCACUGUUGGCAGCGACUGAGGAAUAAAAUUGAACGUCGACGUCGCGACGUUUCUUCCUCGAAGAAGACCAAAUCAAAAUAAAAACAAAUAAACUAUAAAGGGUGCGUGCGCGCCAAUUAUUUAACAACAAUUAGCAAACGAAAGAAACAAAGUAGUAUAUUUAUUAACGUGCCCCGUGUUUGUGUUUCUCGCAGUGCACACACUUAGUGCAGCCAUCGAAAUGGACAAACUGGAUGCCAACCUGGAGCAGCAGUUUGAUCUCAAUCUGAUUGAGGCGGUCAAAAUGAAUCCCGUUAUAUACGAUCGGUCACAUUACAAUUACAAGCAUUUCGUGCGUAAGGCGCAGACCUGGAAGCAAAUUGCCGAAACACUCGGCGUUAGCGAACAAAAAUGUACAAAGAGGUGGAAGAGUUUGCGCGACAAAUUCGCGCGCGAAAUGAAAUUGUGCCAAGAAUCGCGCUGGCGCUAUUUCAAACAGAUGCAGUUCCUCGUGGACUCCAUACGUCAGUACCGUGAGUCGCUGCUGGGCAAGUGCGCCAACGGCAGCCAGAAUGCCAAUCAGGUGGCCGAUCCCUCGCAACAGCAGCAGGCACAGCAGCAAACCGUGGUGGAUAUAUUCGCACAGCCCUUCAAUGGCAGUGCAACCACAUCCGCCCAGGCACUGACGCAUCCGCACGAAAUAACUGUUACUGGCGAUGCACAACUCGCCACGGCUGUGGGCAAGGAUCAAAAGCCAUAUUUCUAUGAGCCGCCGCUGAAGCGUGAACGCAGCGAGGAGGAGCACAGUGACAACAUGCUGAACACAAUCAAGAUUUUCCAGAACAAUGUCUCGCAAGCGGUCAGCGCCGAGGAUCAGUCGUUCGGCAUGGUUGUCACCGAUAUGCUCAACACGCUGGGCGUGCGGCAAAAGGCCGAGGCCAAGGUGCACAUCAUUAAGUAUCUGACGGAUAUGCAGCUGCUGGCACAGCAUAACAAAUACUAACUGUCGAGCCGUUUGUAGCAUUACCAGCACCGUCAAUUGCUGCAACUGCUGCAAUUGGAGAAUGUGCUGGACGCUCGAUGGUUAAUGUAAGCAGCUACAUAUAACAACAACAACAACAACAACAA